AACGGCUCUUUCCCAAGAGGAAAGUCCCCUCCGGCGCAUGACGCCAGCGGCGCCGCCUCUGUGGCAAUGGGCACGGGAAAGGCUGGUUUCUGCUGAAAGCGUUUCCCGUUUCCUUCCUUUAAGUGUCUGCCAGACCCGAUCAGCAAGAACAAUUUCCAAGUUAGCCUACCAUAAAGGGGUAGUAAUAGUGAAGUGCCCUGGUUGCAAGAAUCACCACGUCAUAGCAGAUAAUUUAGGAUGGUUUUCAGAUCUGGAAGGAAAAAGGAAUGUCGAGGAAAUCCUGGCAGCGAAAGGGGAGAAGGUGAGACGUGUGGUUGGUGAGGAAGCCCUGGAACUGCUUCUGGAAAGCACUGCAGAUACCAAGUCACAAAAUCAUCCUACGGAGGGAGAAGGAAGAGCUCACCAGACCUUGCUUUAGCCAAAGGCUUGGGAGAGUGAAGAAGAAAAGCCUUUCACCUGACCGGGAGGUGUGUCAAGAUGGGGAAAAAGUGCCAUGAAGGCCUGGUGCAGCAGAGCAGACUACAUGCGAGUGAUUAACCGUGCAGCAAACAAGGGUAGGUGUUUUCCUGAGGCGUAGAUGAACAGUGGCAAUUACAAAGGAUGGCAAAACAGCAUUCCUGGGAUAUGCUGCAAAUAUAAAGCCUUUUGCACAGUCCUAGAAGCAUCUCAUGGUGGCUAUUAGUGUAGUGAUUCUGUUCCGGAAUCCUAUUCCAUGAGGGUUUGUCUGGAAAAAUGGCAAAUACGUUGACUGUUGCUUUCUGUCACUUCAAGCAAUUCUUUCUCUUGUAUUGCUUGCAAAUUUUAAAGUUAAUCCAAUUGGUGUGGGACUCAGCCUGAUGGGUUGCCCCUGUUAGCUGCAGAGGUUACUGAUGGUCCUCUGUCCCACUGUCAGCAGUGAUGCAGUAAUGCCUGGUAAAGUUAGUUGCAGUUGUGGAGGGAGGGCCCUGUAG